AUGUCACAAUCUCCUAUUAAUAUAGAUGAUAGUUUUGAAAAUAAUACUUUUAAAGAUGAUACCUAUGAAGAUGAUACUUAUGAAGAUAAUACUUAUAAAAAUAAUACUAUUAUUGAAUCUAAUAAUAUAGAAAUUGAAACUAUUACCAAAUCUAGUACUCAAGAUAUAGAAAUUGAUUUUAAAGAUAUAAAUAGUAUUGAAGAUAUAGAUAAUAAUUCAA